AUGAAUCUCGGCCCCGACCGUGAGUCGUUCAUCAACCUCGCCUCGCCCACCGACGCGCUCUCGAUACCCCACCCGCUUGCCCACUCCACCUUCAAUUUGCACCUCAUCACGCCCCCCGCAGCCGGCCAGCGCGCAUCGGCCGUGUGCCCAGCGAGGAAGGCAAAGAGCACGAGAUGGGAGAUGGAAGAUGUGCGCUCGCGCUCGGCGAGCCUGAUGGACUCGGACGUCGACAUUGAGCAGAUGUGCUCUGGGAUCACGAGGCCGGUGGGCGGCAGCGGCGCCCUCCCCACCGUCUUCUGCGAGUACGUCGUCGACGGGCGGUCGCUCGCCGGCGGCUGGAGGCGCGUGACCGCGAGCGCGCACACGGUCCCGCUCGAGGGCACUUUCGUCGUCUCCGAGGUCGGUCCUGGCGCGGAGGCACAGAUCGCUGACGGCCCAGGGCCUGGUGGGGGCAGGUUGAAGAAGAUGUAG